AUGUCGGCUCGAAUCCCAGCUCUUGUUUCAGCACACGUCAGCGAGGCGGCGCGACAGAAGAUUGACAUUGUCGCCAAGUUUGUCGAAGAAGAAUGCAUUCCCGCCGAUCCCGUCCUUGAAGCCCAGGUUGGCGAAGGCGAUAACCGCUGGGAGAACCACCCGUCUAUCAUCGAGGAGCUCAAGGACAAGGCACGCAAGCUGGGCUUGUGGAACAUGUUCCUGCCCAAGGGCUUCUACGCCGAGUCUCCCGGCUGGACCAACCUCGAGUAUGCCCUCAUGGCAGAGUGGCUGGGCCGCUCGCGCAGCGCCUCGGAGGCGUGCAACUGCGCUGCUCCCGAUACAGGCAACAUGGAGGUCGUGGCCAAGUACGGCAAUGCCGCGCAGAAGGAGGAGUGGCUGAAGCCCCUGAUGGAGGGCAAGAUUCGCUCGGCUUUCCUGAUGACUGAGCCCGAGGUCGCGUCAUCGGAUGCCACCAACAUUCAGCUCCAGAUCACUCGCGACGGCGACCACUACGUCCUCAAUGGCUCCAAGUGGUGGUCCAGCGGCGCUGGCGACCCUCGAUGCAAGCUCUACAUCGUCAUGGGCAAGACGGAUCCCAAGAACGCUGAUCCUUACAAGCAGCAGUCGGUCAUCCUGGUCCCUGCUGGUCUGCCUGGCAUCACCAUCAAGAGAAUGCUCAAGGUCUACGGCUACGACGACGCUCCCCACGGCCACGGCCACAUCACCUUCAACAACGUCCGUGUUCCGGCCAAGAACCUAGUGCUCGGCGAGGGCCGCGGAUUCGAGAUUAUCCAGGGCCGACUGGGACCUGGACGUAUUCACCACGCUAUGCGCAGCAUUGGUGCUGCUGAGCAAGCUCUCGACUGGAUGCUCACGCGCGUCAACGACGAAAACAAGAAGCCUUUCGGCAAGCUCCUGCGCGAACACGGCGUCAUCCUCGAAUGGAUUGCCAAGUCGCGUAUUGAGAUCGAUGCAGCACGCCUCAUCGUCCUCAACGCCGCCGUCAAGAUGGACCAGGAGGGCCCCAAGAAGGCUCUCACGGAGAUUGCCGAGGCCAAGGUCCUCAUUCCCCAGACUGCUCUGAACGUCAUUGACCGUGCCGUCCAGGCAUACGGCGGUGCCGGUGUCUCUCAGGAGACUCCCCUGGCCAACAUGUGGGCUGGCAUCCGAACGCUUCGUCUGGCUGACGGCCCUGAUGAGGUGCAUCUGCAGCAGAUGGGCCGCAACGAGAACAAGCGCGGCAAGGAGACGGCGGCCAAGCUCAAGUGGCAGAAGGCCAAGACGGCGGAGCUGCUGAAGAGGUACGGCGUUGAGCUUGCCGAGCCUGGCACCAAAAUCAAGCACACUGCCAAGUUGUAA